AUGUCGGACCACCAAACCAUCGUACCAGACCGUAGCGUGGAGAGUGAAGAGCGCGAGUAUCAGACCAAGCCGGUGUCUCGCUUCACGAGAUGGUAUCGAAGCCCGCUGUUUAACGUGUUCCUGGUGGGGAUGAUAUCGUUCACCCAACCCGGGAUCUGGAAUGUUCUCAACAGUGAGUUCGGCAUCUGGCUCGGUCUCCGCGAGCUGGGCCAGCUCAUCGGCGCGUCGAUCCAGCUCUCUCUCAACGUCCACGACGGCCAGCGCGGCAAGGUGUCGUACACGAAGUACCUGGUCCUGAUCGGGCUGCAGUGCCUGGGGCUGCCGCUGGCGCUGCUGGUCUCGUCGCCGCAGAAGGUGAUCCGGCCGGACAGGAAGAGGAUGCCCGACCCGACCAAGAACAAGGCGGUGUUGGGCGAGGUCCGCAAGUUCUUCUCCGUCCGAUCUAGAACGCUUGGAUCUUUGACAUCGGGCAUUGCGUCGACUUUCGCUAAUAUAUUCUGGGGCUGGUUCUACGACCGAAAGAGCAUCAGCAGGCCAACUCUGGCGAAAGUUACUUGGUUCCUGUUUUCGAUCUCUAUGCUCGGUCUUCUAGGCUGGCAGGUGGCCAACGAGAGGCUAUACUCAGAAACAGUCCCAAAAGUGACGCUGGACUGGGCAAACCCUGGGUUUGGCAGGGGAUUCGCAGUCAUGGUUCUCCUGAGGUUCCUCAACGAAUCGCACUACAUGUUCGUGUACUGGAUCGUGGGCGCCUUCUUCGACGACCUGGAGACGCUGACCCUUGCGGUCGGCAUCAUCCGCUCCUUCGAGUCCGUCGGCUCGUGUCUCGCCUUCGGCAUCGGCGCCGCCCAGGUUGCCCCCAUGGUGAACCUCGUCAUCGCCUUCAUCAUGUUCGGCAUCACCAUCCCGACGACGUCGUACGUCGUCUUCCUCGUUCCGGAGAGGCCCGUCGAUAGCAGGAAAAUCGAGUAUGACGAUGAUGGUGCGUCGUCCUCGAGCCUCGACGCCGCCGAUUCUACGGCGGUCGGCAAGGUCGCUGACGCUAUUGAUGGGCCACCAUUUUCGUCCUAA